AUGGAUAACUUUCACGGGUUCAGUAAUAUGGGCAACAACUGGCAGGGAAAUAUGAGCUCAUUAGGCUAUCCAAAUGGAUUCUCACAAGCUGCUUUUAACAGCAACUCGACAUUUAGUGUCAUUAAUCAGUUCAAGGUCAUGGCCGCAAGUUCGAUACGGCAAUCAACAAUCAUCCUCGCCGCUUUCAAUACCGUAUCGGCUUUUGCGACGGCAGCCGGCAUCUACUAUGACUGCUACACAACAGCGAAACGAUCAAAUCUAGAAAGCAAGCAGAGAGUCAAUAUUUUCCGCUGUGUUCAAGGGCCCGUGACGUACCCCUUUAUGUUAUCUUUAGGAAUCACAAUCCAAGGCAUUAUAUUUGCCGUCUCUCAAUCAUAUGGCUUGAACGAUAUAUUCCUACGCGGGUGCUCUUUGAUAUCGCAAUUUAUGUGGCCUGCGAUUUUCAUCGUACCUUAUAUGCAGCUAGUCUUCGGAUUAGAAGUCACCAUUCGAGCUCUCGGAAGCAGACCGUUUCUCCCGAGACGCAAGUGGAAUGUUCCGAUCUGUCUCGCCGUGGUCGGGGUCCUCUUAUUAACCACCGGUUUGGUCGGCUACUUCAUUCGGCCUCCCACUUUCUGUUUUGCUUCACUUUUCUGGUUUGUAGCAAGAUGGGCCGAAGGCGGCUUUGUGGUACUGCUCAUUAUCGCGGUCACUUUAGCGAUCUGCGCCAUCAUCAUCUCCUUGAAAUUAACACGGUACUCGACAAUCGAGGAUUCCGAGCGGAUCAGCGCUUCUAGGAUGGUGUACUUCCUUGCUUUAGCAUUCGUAACUAAUGCUUUAAUCGUCCCGUUCUUCGUGUCCCUCACUUUUGCGAAUCCUAUGGAGGAUAGUGGUGGUUCCGGGUUAACAUUAUCCAUGAUUGCAACUGUCGUGGCUAACGUUUCGGGGCUCACAACCGGAUGCCUUCAUCUGUUUCUUCGAUCUAACGCCAUUGCUACGAUCGGUUCUAGCAGCAAACUGGCCGAAUACGAGCGCCAGAAGUUGAAAAAUCAAUAUGAAACCGGAGCGGCAACCAGUAUGGACUUUAACGGUCACAUACUCAAGCCAGUGUCGGGCCCUGGAUCUUUCUCGAAGGCAGAAAGUCAGGAGCACCUUGUGGAUGAGAAGAGCGAUGCUAUGGAACGUGGUGAGAGCACGUAUUCUAUAGAUUCCCCGAUGUACAGUCCGAUGAAACCAAAUCCCCUAAGGUCCAAUGCGGUAUUCGAGACCCCGAACUUUUCUUUUCCGCGAGUCCCAGAGCCCGUUCAAGUACCUACCACUCCUUCAGCCAAUUCACACAACCGAAAACCAUCAGCAUCUUACACACUCUUUCCCAACAAAAACCAAGACAUCACCUCAGUUGCAUUAUUACCACCAACUGCCUACAAUCCUAACCCCCAGCCAAGUUUGGCCGUGAAUGGGCUUCCUGACGAUUUGGAUGACCUACUUCGACCACCCCCGUCAAUCCGAACUUCCUGGGGUGGCCAUACUCGAAACUCAUCCAUGAGCUCAUCCACAACGGUUCAAAUAGGUAUACGUAUCUCAAAUAUCGCAGAUAUCGGACCGAUAAAUAGCAAUGUUUCUACGGAGGCUGAAAGAGUAUAUUCUCUAGACUGUGUCCGGGACGAAGAGUUGAAUAUUUAUCAGCCGAGCCCUCUUGCAUUCAACGUAUCAAAUGUUACACCGCCACAGAGUUCUUAUUCGAGGGAUUCGAGGAUGAAACAUCUCCCAGCAACGCCUGCCAGGUCCGAAGACGAGAGAAGUGACUGUACCUUAAAUCCGACAGUCUACGAUCCGAACAGCCCUACGAAAUCGAAGACGCCGAGUCCAAGGGGGGUUGGGUUCAAUAUCCCCCGUAGGACAAAUACCACGCCCGUACAGGGCACGUCAACACAGUUACCACCUCGAAGUCGUGGCAAUUCAAGCAGCGCUGCAAAUAGCAGGCCUAAUUGGAUCUAA